AUGUGCCCUACCCACACUACAUCCCUAUCCCACCCCACACUAUGUGCCCUACCAACAUCACAUUCAUAUCCCUCCCCACACUAUGUGUCCUACACACUCUACAUAACCUACAAACAUACACACUACAUCCCUAUCCCACACUAUAGUGUGUUCCUUACAUCCAUAUCCUGCACUACACCAUGUUCCGUACACACUGCAUUGCCUACACACUACAUGGAUGUAAGUAAUGAGAGAGAGAAUUAGAGAGAGUUAGAUGUGUCCAGCUUUUGGUUAAUGAUCAAAGACCUCUUGUCUUUGGCUCUCUCUUCAAUUUUUAAGGAAGAGCUUCCCUUAACUUUCUUUACAUUACUAAUUUUAAGUCACCAAUGGAGCCAGGUGCGUGUACCUUCUCUUUUGAUUGCCACAUAGACUUUGAUCUAUAGGUGGCAUUGUAACACCACAAGAUACUCUCAUCCAGAAUUUCCAACUACCACUUCGUAUUGAUACCGUUCAUCAAAUAUAUGUCAGUCUUCAAAGAGAUUUUCUUGGGCCAUAAAGUAUGAUUUUGACGCAUUUAGUCUCUGUUUCAACUUUCUAUUACAAUGGAAUCUUGUAGUAAUCCAUUUAAUUUAAAAAGUAAAAUUAAUUACUUUAGUAUUAUCUCUUCUGGUAAUCCUGUGUCUGUUUUUUAGUUACGGUCUCAUUGUGUCAAAUUUAUGGGUAUUAUUGUUACGGCCCCCGGCUUGCAUCCACACGUGGUCGCACCCGAUUGGUGCGACCACACAGGUAGGCAUCAGGGCUUACUUGUAGAGCAGCAAGCCAGGAGCUGACCUGCUGGGGUGUCUUGUCCCAGUACGCACAAAGUUCAAAAUGGUGCCAGCUGCCGCGAGGUCGCGUCCAUCUGUAGCCCCACCUCCGACAGAGUCAAAGGUCUUGCAAAUGUUCAUGUGAAGUCACAACAUCAAAGCUCUGACCAGUCACAGUCUAAGGAGGGAUAGUUAAACCCCAGGUUACCUUAGUUUAUUGCCCUGUCGUGGUUUCUGUUCCUGGUUAUCCGAGAGUGCGUUUACUGUUAUAAUAUUGAUAUUCCUGGUAUUUCACCUAGGCUAUUCCUGACUGUAACUGAUUGCCUGGCACCCCAAAUGGGUACCUCAGUUUGACGGUUGCUCCUAGUGCUUCCCGAGGGCUCCAAGCACUCCACUGGAUACCAUAACCACCGCAGACCCUGUGAACCGUCGAAUCCUCCAAACAUGAGCCAAGACUUCAUGAAGGGUAGAACAUGUCUGAAGCUUUUUUGGUACAGGUUUGCUUAUAUACAAUUCCUCAGGCCAGAGGCACCUCCCCCUGGACCUGAUGGAACACAGGCACACAAAAGACACAAACGAAUCAGAACAAUACAAGAAUGUCUGACACCCCCACUUACAGCAAACAAUUCCUCCCCUCUGCCUGUGAUACACUUAACAAAGACAAUGGGCUAACUCAAUUAACUCUAAACAGAAAAAAACAUAAAUUUUUACAAACCCCAAAAUACAACAUAUCCCCACAUCACAUCCUCUGAUAGCCUCGAUCUGGGUGAACAACAUAUCCAAAAAUCACCCAGAUGGGUUCAGAGGUUCAAGAAUUUCCUGGAAGUCUUAUUUUUGCACCACCUUGCACAUGGUCCCAUGCCCAAAACAGUUCCAUACACUCGACGACAAAACACCACUGGACAAUUUAAGAUGGCCGCCACUACAUGUUUGAAUCCGUUCCAGUUAAAAGUCCAAGGGGCAGAAACCGUAUUUUUUAACAUGGUUUAUCACAGGGCCCAUACUCCCAGGGUAGGAGGCUGGCAAACAGGCCCCUCCAAAAACCAGUGGCAAAGUGGAUUUAGUCACUGACUAUUCUAUUUUCCGGUUUCCCUGAUUGGCUUGUACUUAUCGAUCUUGUGUAUUUCUGGCUACGUUGACCUCAGCUUUCCCUUGACUAUUCUCUAUUAUUCUAGGGACCGGUUUACAAUCUGUCUGUUUUCUGUUCUAUGUAGAUGUUAUACAGUUCCGCGUGUUGGAUCCUAUAGUUGCCGUGACCAUUAUUAGUAACAUGACAGCAUGUGAUGUAUACAUAUCUUUUACACACAUUCAGCUAUUAGUUUAAUAAUAACAUUCAUUGGGACUCUUUCUAUGAAUAUUCAAUAUUAUUAACAUAGUGUGACAAAUGCCUCUGUCCACAGACAUUUGCCACGGACUCUUGGAGGAGUAUGGAAGCUGGCCUCCUGCCCACUGACUAUGGGCCAGGUCAGCAACUAUAAUGACCUAUAUUUUAUUCCCCCUGGUUUGGCACCUCCCAUUCAUGCGCAUAGAACCAAAUGCUAUCUCCCUGGCGGCAAAUAGACUUAAGGGUGACUUAGCCGCGAAUGCCUUGGAGCUAUUUUCGACUAUGGGACCAUGCGUGCGGUACAUCAAAUAAAUGAUUUUCAGGAUUUUCCUGAACCCCUGAACUGAUCUAGAUGAUUUGUGGAAAUGUUGGUCACCCAGAUCAGGGCUAUGAGGGGAUAUAAUGUUUGUGGGGGGUUUAUUAUUUUUGGGGUACUUUUUGGGUGUUUGGGAAAAAAUGUGUUUUUUCUGUACUUAGAGAUAAUUUGAUUAGAUUAGUACAGUUCCUGAUCAAUUAUCUCCCCUAGGUUAUAAUCUUUUAAGAGCAGCCUGCUACACUCUCUGGAGUAGGAGAGGUCUACCCACAGGAAGCUGGAGCCUUGCCUUAGGUACAGGUUAGAGGACGGCGAGACUCCAGCCAAGCUGCGGCGGUUAGGGGUCUACGUUUCUGAUGUUGUCUGGUGGAGUGUUUGGAGUACUCGGUGAGCACUAGGGAGCAGCGAUUGGCGGAGGCAUCCGGUCGGGAUUCCUGGGGGUCCGUCACAUUUGGUGCAGUGGUGGGAUUGCUUCCUAGUGAGUAUAGAAGCAUACUGGAGAUACCAGAAUCGUUAUGGAGUUAUAAUUGAGGGCAACGCUAGCAUGUUGGGAAAGGAGUUCCAGAGGAGUGUGUCGCAGAGAUUGGGUUUCUUCGAGUUGCAAUCCAUAAGCAGUUGUGCCCACGGACUUGGAGCAGGCAAGCAUGGCAUCCUGUGACUCUUACUCAGAGUUUUUGUUUGAGGUGCGGCAGCAACUGGCCUAGUAUGGCUCUAAUGUUUUGAUGGAGACCUUCCAGGUGACCAUCGAUAUACAAGCCAAGAGAGACCAUGAUUUCCUAAUGGCUAAAACGACGGGAGGAGGUCUCCAGCGAAAAGCAGUUUAUAGCUGCCCUUCGACAGAGAUGAUGCAACUGGUCUAGGAGGAUGUGCCCACAGAUUUAAUUGACUUUACAUCAGAGGAUGAUAGCCUCAAUCUCCAGCGGCAGCCCAAGGUACCAGAGUUAGGGCCCUGAUUAACCCCUGUGGGACCGUCUCUGCCCUGGCCCUGCAGGGAUGCUGGGCAGCCGGCUCAGAUCUCCAACUACAGUCGGAGUUACCAGGAGUAGGGGCAGUCGGUCCUACUCCCCAGCAGCAGUGUACCAUAAUGGAAGAGGAGACAACCGGUCUCUCUCCCCUGCAGCAGCCGGAGAUACUGGAAUAGGAGACAGCUGGUCCCUCUUCCCAAUUGCAAGAUAACCUAAUAGACUGGUCCUGGGAGGACCCCCAGUCGGCAAGUGGAGAUGGGACCGAGGUCUCUCCACCAGCCCUAAAGGGAUGCUAGGCUGCCAGCCCAGGUCCCCAACUGCACCUAAAAGUACCGGGAGUAUGGACAGUCGGUCCUACUCCCCAGCAGCAGUGUAUAAUGCAGAGAGGGGAGAUAGUCGGUCUUUCGCUGGAGAGACCAGAAGAGGAGAGCGCUGGUCCCUCUUCCCAAUUAGCGCGGGACCUUACAGACUGGUCCUGUGAGGAACCCUAAAUGGCAGGUGGAGAUGGCACUGAGUCUCUCCACCAGCCCCACAGGGAUGCUGGGCAGCUGGCCCAGAUCCCCAACUACAGCUGACAUUACUGGAGGGGUGGAACCAGUCCCCCUUCCCACCCCCAGCUGGAAGUACCAAGAGGGAGGACAGUCGGUCCUACUCCUCAGCGGCAGCAUACCGUACAGGAUAAGCCUCUCCUCCCCAGCGGCAGAUGCCCAUCCCAGCUCUGGAGGUAGUGGAUGGGACGGAGGUGUAUAAUAAACCCUUCACAGUGGAAGAGCUGGCAUCAAGGGAGAGUCCAGCUAGCCUCUGCCCUACCAGUCCCAGUGUUGCAGCGUUGUACUGUCUGCAGGUCCCCACAGCAGAAGCGCUGGCAUCCGGCUGUCCUCUGCCCUCCCCUUUCCCAUUGUCCACGGCCUGAAUACCCGCAGGCCACCACAGCAGAAGUGCUGGCUAUGGAACAGACCGCCACUGGCCUCUGCCAACUAAGCCCAGACUGCACGGAGACUUGGAGCAAAAGAGACCAGGGGCAGCCUACCCCCACACAGCAACCUGGGGCAGACAGGACAGAGCUUGGCACUGGAGGCUACCCAGCAAACUAAUUGUUUUUGGGUUGGUUGCCCGACUAACUCGGGUACCGACCGGCAGCAGGUCAGGUACAUGGUUAGUCUCCCCUUGGGAGGCAAGAUAUGUGACAUAUGCCACAGACUCUUGGUGGAGUGUGGAGACUGGCCUCCUGCCCACAGACUAUGGGCCAGGUCAGCGACUAUAAAGACCAAUAUUGUAUUCCACCUGGUUUGGCACUUCCCAUUCUUGCGCAUAGAACUAAACGCUAUAUCCCUGGCGGCCGUUCGCAUCGACCAAAACCGCGAAUAGACUUCAGCGGGAAUAAGUCACGAAUGCCCUGGAUCUAUUUUCUGCUAUGGGACCAUGAGUGCGGUCGGUCAUAUAAAUGAUUUUCAGGAAAUUCCUGAACCCCAGAACUGAUCUAGAUGAUUUGUGGAUAUGUUGGUCACCCAGAUCAGGGCUAUGAGGGGAUAUAAUUUUUGUGGGGGGUUUAUUAUUUUUGGGGUACUUUUUGGGUGUUUGGGAAAAAGUGUGUUUUUUUUCUGUACUUGGAGAUAAUUGGAUUAGAUUAGUACAGUUCCUGAUCCAAUUAUCUCCCAGGCAGAGGGGAGGGAUUGUAUAAUAUGUAUGGGAGUAUCAUGUAUUAUAACUCUGUCACUGGUCUGUGACUUUGUAAUAGUCUUCCAUCAGGUCCAGGUGGGAGUACUCAUUGCAUUGGGACUGACAUAAAAGACCAAGUGUGGUCCCAUUAAUAUCAGUUACUCUUUACUCUCAACAUAGAGCCUCGUCUCAAGUAUGGAGCGGACAGCUGUAUCUACCCUGGGGUUUGCUUAAUCGUGAUACUCCCCUGGGUUAAAAUCACUUGCUUUUUUUAAGAGCAGCCUGCUACACUCUCUGGAGUAGGAGAGGUCUACCCACAGGAAGCUGUAUCCUUGUCUAAGGUCCAGGGUGGGUAGAGGACGGCAAGACUCCAGCCAAGCAGCGGCGGCUACAAUUCUAUGGUGCUGAUGGAGUCUGGUGGAGUACUCGGUGAGCCGUAGGGAGCAGCGAUUGGCGGAGCCACCUGGUCGGUGUGCCAGACGGUCCAUCAGCUUCCUAGAUGGAGCAGAGGACAAACCACCGCACUUCUGCCCACAGUCGCCGUUUGCUGGACUAGGGCCCUGGAACCGCUCCUUCCUUUAGCCGAAUAGGGAAUUGGCUUUAGUCCUUACAAGGACUUUCCUUGUUGAAUCUCCUGUAAGCUGGAACAGCAGACACAGGAACAAAUCUUCUUUCCUCCAAUAACAGGACGACACACAGUUUUGGAGUACAAGCAGGAACAGGUUUAAUGAGCACACAGGCAUUUCUUUUAUAAAGAUUUUCAGGCCAGAGGCACACUGUAACAGAUCCCCCUGUUUUUCGUUGGAUCUGUAAUUUUGUGAACAAGCCAUUCGUUUAAAACUUUUGUCUAAAUUGACUGUAAUGGAUCCUAUAGUAAAAGGCUGUUCAAAUCACAAAUUUUUUACCGAACGCCCGACCACCCAGGACAGAAGUGUGUCACUCAUUUAUCUCCCUAAUGCAAGAAACACCUCGAAAAGGUGUUUAGUCGAAAGCACUCAGCAGUGUUUGGUCGUCGACCGCGUGGAACUAUUUUCGGCUUCCUUUUCCACGAACACCGCUGAAACUUCUACCUUCCAUGCGUUCGGCUAAACCCAUGCUAACAGAGCACUAUUUCUAUGGAAUAAACUCACGAACAAGCCGAAUCUAAAGAGAGUAAGCACAAACUAAUCCAUUCGUGCAGUUUGAACUUUAUGUGAAUGGAAAGAUAGACCGACCGCACAGCCUGAAUCUGUGGAACUGUUUUGGGCAUAUAAACAGGCGUGCAUCGGUCCAAAGAGACUUUCACCUAUCCCCUGAAUCCCUGGACGGAUUCAUGUGAUUUUUACAUAUGUUGCACCCCAAGUUAUGCUGAUAUAGUUUUAUUCGUAUAUGUUACAGUUGCCUCCAGGCUGGCUGGAAGUUGGAUCGUAGAAAGGAUGCUCCUUCCGCUCACCAAAGGACCAUCAGCACCAUAAACACUGUGUAGACACCAUAGGUACUGCAGACUCCAUGAACCACCGCUGCUGGGCUGGUAUCUCUGUCUUUCCACCCUGGAUCUACGUGGGUGGGUCCAGUGGGUGAUCUCUCUUCUUUCUGCAGAGCGAAGCAGGAUCAGGAACCUAGAGCUCUUACAAGAGCUCAGUAGUGAUUAGCCAAGGCAGCAUGCAGAGCAUGUCAAUCCCUGUAGUGAUUAUGGCUGUCCCCUACAAACAUGAGUCGAGGCUGCAAGUUACAGGGACAAGUCAUUCUGUUUAAUUGGCACCAAAGGGCCUUCUUUUAUGCAGGUUUUCCUUACAUAGAACCACCCAAAGGGUUUUACAGAACAGCCAAUAACACACGUACAUUACAGAAAAAACUCUCAGCAAUUACAAACAAAAUCCUCCCCUCUGCCUGUGAUAUAAUUAUGGUACACAAUGGUUAACAUAAUUAUCACAGGCAGGAAAAAUACAGUUUUUACACACAUGCUGUAACUUCAAAAAUAUACAUCCAGUCUUCAUAAAAAAUACAUAUUCGAACUCAGAACACUUAAAAUACAAACAUAUCCAAAAAUCGAACAAUUUAAACCACCCUCCAGUGGUUUAAAAGUUAGGUAGAAAUCCUUUGUGACCAACUGAAGCAUAGCUUUCCAGCCCAAACCAGUUCCAUAGAGUCCUCUAUCCUGGAUAUAAUUGGGUUAACUGGGUGUGGCAAGCCAACUAUCUCCAGGUACAGAAAAUAUUUCCAUUUACAACAACAGCAAAAAUACAUAACUCCUAUCAUACUCAACAGAACCCCCAUAUUCAACCUAUCUCCAGAUGGCUUGGAUCUGAGCACUCAAUAUAUCCAAAUAGCGUUUAGAUCCCACAAACACAGUCAAAUCGCCAUACACACUAGGUCCAUAGUCAUGGGGCAGAAGGCUGGCAAUUAGGCUUCUCCAUAACACAGGGAAGUAGGGUAAUUUGUCAAAUAAAAUAACAGUUAUAAAUGACAGUCUGUAACAGUAUACAAUGUAAAAUCAGGAAGUUAUAUAAAUGUCUAAAAAGUAUGAUUUUUUUCAGCUUGGAGAUAAUUGAGUAGAGACAGUAAGUAACUCCAUUAUCUCCCAAGCAGAGGGGAGGGAAUAUGUGGGAUGUAACCGUUGUUUGAUUGGCAAAUGUAUAAUUGUCUGUGGGUGUCUCCCUUGCAUGGGAAGACUGCAUAAAAGAGUAUUUGCCAUUAAACCUUCAGUACUUCUUCACCCUCAAUCUAGAGUUUUCUCUUAUUGGGGGUAACAGCCAUACAGCUAUCACGCUAGCUCUUAUAAGAGCUUAUUCACUUGGAUCACUACUGGAUGCUGAGAAUCCUCCUCACUGAUCGGGAAAAGGACACCCUCCAGCGGUGGAAACUGCUACACACACUCCCUGGACCCGAUGGUAAAUUGGAACAAAAGGAACACAAACCAAUAGGAACAGUAAUUAACACAAUAACACUCCCACAUGCAGUCAGCAAUCCCUCCAUUCUGCCUGUGAUAUAAUUAAGCUAGCUAAUGGAAUAACCUAAUUAUCCACAGGCAGAAAAUGUACAUUUUACCCCAAAGUCCAGAAACACCCCAAAACACAAACAUUUCCCCAUAUACAUCCCUGGAUAGCUCUGAUCUGGGUGAACAACAUAUCCAAAAAUCACCCAGAUCAGAGCAGGGGUUCCCGAAUUCUAUGAAAGUCACAUUUGACCAACCGCAAGCAUGGUUUUCAUGCCCCAAAUAGUUCCACAGAUUUAGGCUGUACAGCCAGUCUAUCUUCUCCUUAAUAUUAGGUACAAAUUGUGCAAACGAAUCCGUUCGUGAAUACUGUCAUUAGAUGCGUCUUGUUCGGGAGUUUACUUUCACUAAAAAGCGCUCUGUUCGUAUGGAUUUAGCCGAACGCACGUAAGGUAGAAGUCCCAGCGGUGUUCGUGCUUUUGAGUGUCCAAUUUCAGUUCCAGGCACUCAACGGCAAAAUACCGCUGAGCGCUUUCGACUAAACAAAAUGGUCACUGCCACGUGUUCGUUCAUACGAAUGCCAACCACCCAGCCGUUUGCCAAUUAAGCUGCGGUUAACCACAGCUUCUGCAGGGUGGUCUGUCUUUCACAAGUGCCUCAAAACCCAAUAAGUCACAGGGGCCAUAAUCACAGGGCAGGAAUCUGGCAAGCAGGCCUCUCCAAAACCCAGUGGUGAGGUACCUUUCGCCACACAUAGGUAUUAUAAUAUAUAUAUAUAUAUAUAUAUAUAUAUAUAUAUAUAUAUAUAUAUAUAUAUAUAAUUUAUUAUAACAUUAUUAGUUAAUCUAUAUAGAUAUGUGUAUUGGCUGGCCUCUUUUUAUCCCCCUUGUUGCAGGCAUAAAUUCUUGUUUUAAAAAAAAAAAAAAAAGGAACUCUGCAUUGUUUACUUAACCCACAUUUGUUUAGUCACUGAAUAGAGUUUGAGAGAUCGAGAGAAACAAAAAUGAUUGAGCGUUGCAUUUUGUUACAAACUGGAGUCACAUCUGCUAAGUGGUGACUUACAUUAUACAUUUUUAAUUUCUAUCUUAUCUGUCAGUAUAAGUAUCUGACACAAUCAAAAAGAUACUUCAUAGUCAUAGUUCUGAUUGAGUUUACCAUACUUAGAUAAACUAAAGAAAAUCUGUUGCUAUAAGUUAUUUAAUUCCCAGUGCAUUUCUUUCAGAUUUUUCCAGCAGUAAAAGUUAUCAAGAAGGACCUGAGAAGAACAGAAAUAUAGUAAGCAAGACUAUGCAGAAAUCUUUCAAUACAAGGACCAAAAAUUCCAACUCUAAAAACUCAAGAAAUCUUUUACAAUCGUAUAUGUCUACAAAUGAAAUAGUAAACAGAAAAUCAAAGCUUUUCCCCUGUUCUGAAUGUGAGAAAUGUUUUAACAAUCACUCAAGUCUUGUUGCACACAAGCGAACUCACACAGGAGAGAAACCGUUUUCAUGUUCGGAAUGUGGAAAAUGUUUUAACCGUUAAUCACAUCUUGUUAGACACAAGAGAACUCGCACAGGAGAGAAAUCUUUCUCAUGUUCUGAAUGUGAAAAAUGUUUUAGCUAUAGCGCCGCUCUUGUUGUCCAUCAGAGAACUCACACAGGAGAGAAACCAUUCUCAUGUUCAGAAUGUGGGAAAUGUUUUGUUCAUAAAGUAGAGUUUAACAACCAUCAGAGAACUCACACAGGAGAGAAACCGUUCUCAUGUACGGAAUGUGCAAAAUGUUUUAUCCGUAAAUCACAACUUGUAAGCCACAACAGAACUCACACAGGAGAGAAACCUUUCUCAUGUUCUGAAUGUGGGGAAUGUUUUAUCCGUAAAGCAAGUCUUGUUGAACACCAGAGCAUUCACACAGGAGAGAAACCUUUCUCAUGUUCUGAAUGUGGGGAAUGUUUUAUCCGUAAAGCAAGUCUUGUUGAACACCAGAAAAUUCACACAGGAGAGAAACCUUUCUCAUGUUCUGAAUGUGGGAAAUGUUUCAUCCGUAAAUCACAUCUUGUAAACCACAACAGAACUCACACCGGAGAGAAACCCUUCUCAUGUACGGAAUGUGGAAAAUGUUUUAUCCGUAAAUCACAUCUUGUAAGCCACAACAGAACUCACACCGGAGAGAAACCCUUCUCAUGUACGGAAUGUGGAAAAUGUUUUAUCCGUAAAUCACAUCUUGUAAGCCACAACAGAACUCACACAAGAGAGUAA